UGUGCGCGGAGAGCCGCCCAGUCUGGGACGGGGAGUGCAGACCGGCCGACGCAGAGCGGAGCUCAGCCUUCGGGGCGGGCUAAAAGUUGGAGUAAGCAGGAAGUUGAGCGAGCGCACCCCGGGAGCAAAGUCCCCGAGCCAGUUCCUGGGCUGCUGUUUUCCCAGCUGUUGACGGGCCCCAGCUGGACGGGAGACAGAGAUGGAGGAGGCCAGCGGCGGAGGUGGGAGCGAUCGGGUGAGGAGCCUCCAGAAUGAGGUGGAGGGUGUCAAGAACAUCAUGACCCAGAACGUGGAGCGAAUCCUGGCUCGGGGAGAGAACCUGGACCAUCUUCGGAACAAGACAGAAGACCUAGAGGCCACGUCAGAACACUUCAAGACCACGUCCCAGAAGGUGGCUCGGAAAUUCUGGUGGAAAAACGUGAAGAUGAUCAUUCUCAUCUGCGUGAUCGUGGGCGUCAUCCUGCUCCUGAUCAUCCUCUUUGCCACCGGCACAAUCUAGAGGGCCCUCGUUCUCCCUGGUCCUCCUCUGGCCUCCCUCAGCCUCGGGACCCGUCUCUGCCUCCCCCACCCCAGGGUGCCCGGGGAAGUCUCCUUUCCUGUUCUCUCCCUCCCAGAAGUGGAAUGCUGCCCAGCCAACCACCCCAUCUGUCCUUCUCUGUGGGUUCUCUGUCCUGCUCAGCCCUCCCCUGGGACCACGUGGGUGCUCGGGGAGGGGGGGAGAGGGAGGGAGUGCCCGCCUGCCCGCUGGGCCUGAAUGCACUAGACUGUGGCUGAGUUUCAGGGGGCCUCUCCAUGGCUGGAAGGCAGGCAUCUCCUGGAAUGCUGCUGGUGACCUGUAGGUAAUAAAGACCUCUCAGUGUC